AUGUCGAUGUCGAAGAGCUCCAAGAUGCUGCAAUUCAUAAACUACCGCAUGAGGGUGACGAUCCAGGACGGUCGUCAGCUCGUCGGUAAGUUCAUGGCCUUCGACCGCCACAUGAACCUCGUCCUCGGCGACUGCGAGGAGUUCCGCAAGCUCCCUCCUCUCAAAGGCAACAAGAACGAGGAACGCGACGACCGCCGAACCCUAGGCCUCGUCCUCCUCCGCGGCGAAGAGGUUGUCUCCAUGACCGUCGAGGGCCCGCCUCCCCAGGAAGAAUCCCGCGCCAAGGCCGCCAGCGCCGCCGCCUUAGCAGGCCCGGGAGUCGGCCGGGCCGCCGGUCGUGGCAUCCCAACCGCCCCGCUCGCCCAGGCCCAGCCAGGUCUCUCCGGUCCGGUUCGCGGCGUCGGCGGGCCCGCCCCCGGCAUGAUGCAGCCUCAGAUUUCUCGGCCGCCGCAGAUGUCCGCGCCGCCCAUGUCGUACCCGGCUGCGCCGGUGAUUCGGCCACCUCAAGGUCAGAUGGCUCCGUACCCUGGACAGGGCCCGCCGCAAAUGGUGCGGGGACCUCCGCCUGGGGUGCCUCCUCCGCAGUUUGCUAGGCCUGGUGGGCCGGGCCCGCCGCAGCAAUUCCCGGGACCACCACCAAUGCAGUUCGGGCAGAGGCCGAUGGGACCUCCGCCUCAGAUGAUGAGGGGACCGCCGCCGCCGCCCCGUCCCGGAAUGCCUCCUCCCCCCGGUGGUGGUGUUCCUGUGUAUGGACCGCCUCGUCCAGGCAUGCCGCCUCCUCCACCCAACCAGCAGAACCAACAGCAACAGUGA